AAGCGGAUUUAAGAAAUGGAAAGACUCGAGAUAUCAGCUGUCGGUGGCGGCUGCGAAGCCAAAUUCGCGUGAAACGAAUACUGGAAAUGGGUGUAGUUGCACGGGUCGUUGAUUUCGUGCUGCCGAAAUUUAACUUCUGCUGCAACAUUUUCUGCCCCUGUUUCUACGCCGUUCUGUAUAGUGGACCUGAUGAGUACGUUGUGGUUAAGAAAACGUUCAGCUUCUUCUUCGGGUGUGCUCUGGGAGUUGGGGUCUACUUCGCCGCCUUCGACAACCACUUCGAGGAGUUUGCGCGCCUCCUGAUGGGCUCCACCUUCACGCUGGUGUGCGGGGUGGGUUUCACGGCGUCGACGCAGUUCCGCUGUAUGGCCUCGCUCUGCGUGCCAGAGUUUUGCGGCAACUCGGGCCGCACUGUGCUGCGCGCUUUUGUCUUCACGCUGAUGCUGUCCGGUCCGCUGCAGAAUAUGUCGCACAACGUGGACGAGGUGGUGCGCUGCCUCAAGUGUAUCAUGGACAUGAUCCAAGAGGUGAUGGUCGGCUACUUGAAACUCUUUGCCAUGCCCAUCACGUCCAUCAUGACCGAUCUGUCGUACGGCAUGAACAAGCUGAAGCGCAUCUCGCAGUUGGUACCGAAGUCGAUGCAGCCACUCACGAGCUCCUUAGAGGACGUCGGCAUGAUUCCGGAGCUGGAGGAGGACACCGCAUACGCCGACUCCACCGUCAACGCCUACCCGCGCGUGGACCAGCUUGCUGAAAAGUACAGGGAACCGAAGAACGAGACGCCCAAGGAGAAAGUGGAGCGAGAGUUUGACCACAAGCUCGAGGUCAUGUGCAAUGACGUGUUCACAGCUGGUAUACUGACUUGUCGGAAGACGAUGCGGCAAAAGUACGACGACUGCUGGGAAACAACCAGCCCCUUCAUAUCCUGGGCCUUUUGCUUGAUGUUCAAGUUGGAGUUCCUCUGCUCAAUGGCCAAGGUGGUUGACCCGGCAUCCAAGUGUGACUUGGAGGGCUCGGGGCAACAGGCAGGCUUCGGCGACGUAUAUCUUGGCACCAAGCAAGCGUCCAACGCAUUUGCAUCCCCCUUCAAAACAGCGUAUGCUGUGGGGAAAAAGAUACCGGGCAGGAAGGUGGUAGACGACAUCCAGGACGCCUCGGUGAACAUCCGACAUGAGAUAGCUCGGAAGAAAACGCUCUUCAAUGAAAUCGUUGACAUUAUCAAGCGUGUUGCGGCGUUCUUCUUCGUCUAUGUUUUCGUCACCGCAUUUCGAUACCACUACAAAUACCUAGAAAACAUCCAGUACGACAACAAGUAUGUUACGAUGUAUUUUAGAAAGAUAGACGCGCGCCGUCGCAAGAAAGGACGCAAGACACUGAUGCCCCUGAAGAGACUGGAGCGGAAUGAGCUGGUGGACGUUUUCUACAUCGGCUUCACCCGUACGGAGAAACAGAUUCUGCUGCGAACGUCAGCGAUCUUGGUCGCUGAGCUGCUUUCCGUCACCAUGGUCUUCGUCAUCGACUGGAUGUUCGCCUCGUUCUUGGACUUGCUGAAGCGCCACGGCUACGUGACCGUCUACCAGUCCGGACACCACGACUUCAGGAUGAUCUACCGCGGCGAAGGAUUCCUCAAGAUGAUCGCCAACCUGCUGAAGAAGCACCUGAACAAGGAGUUCACGAUACAGCAGUCGGUGGACAACCGCGAGUGCCUGCCCAACCCCACCUUCUUGCCGACCACCACGUACCUGCGUGCCUACGCGCUGUACGCGGCUAUCGUCGGCCUCACCGUGUACGAGAGCCUGCUGCAGCGCAGUCGGCGGGCCAUCUGCGGCUUCUUCUACCCCAAGCGCGAGAAGCGGCGCGUGCUCUACUUGUACAACGAGACGCUGCGCCGACGGCGUGGCUACAUGCGCUUCAUGCGCAAGCGCACGAGACGUGAGGCGCGCAAGAACCGGCUGUCGCAGCAGCUGAGCCUGCUGGCGGCUCUGCGGCUCGAGUGCCCGGCGCUCUGCGGCUGGCUGCGCGUGUGCGGUGGCGCCAGGCGGGACUGCCUCGUCUGCAAGGACCCGGAACACGGCCUAUUCGUCGACUGUCCGAACCCGCACUGCAACUUCUGCUACUGCCACGAGUGCUGGGAGGAUAUCGGGCAGAAGUGCUACGGCUGUGACCCCAUCGAGUCGUCCUCGUCGGCUGAGGACACGCCGCCCUCCACGGACGAUGAGCUGUAG